AGCUCCACGUAAUAUUGGACGUGUAACGUCUCACGCCCCAGAGGUUGAAAAACGGAUCGGAGUAGAGGGUGAUCGAGGUCAGCUGGACCAUGGUGACGGUGAGAGGAUACGGAAACUCGGACAGCAACAUCUUCCCGACGACGUUGCUGCUGCUGGAGACGACGUACCACAGCAGACACAGGAACAGCACCGUCACCACCUCGCGAUUGUUCCGUCUGUCAUCCAUCCUGUUCUCGGAGCUGUCAAAACUCACUCCCGGUUUUUCACACUACGCGAUAUCCAUCCGAAUUCGCAACUCCCAGCCCGGGUUGCGCCACAGCGAAGUCUGAGAACCCGGCUACGCCGGUGCUUCUCAUAUAAUCAUCAAUAAGGGAGAUCCUGAUCAUUUUACUUGACAGGUGGCGCCCUCGCGCGGCGAAAAGUCGAAACUUCGAGUUCUAGGUCCACGGCCGCCAGGCUGAGAAAUGACCUCUUCAGCUUUGCGUUGAUGUUGUGUUGCGAGGUUAUUGCUGUUAGAAUAUUUAGAAUUGAAAAUGAAAAAAGCCGAUGAACUGGUGAAUUCGUCGAGCUCGGAGGAUGAAAUAUCUGCAAGUGUUCUCCAGGAAGCGAUCGAUCAACAAUUUUUGAAAAACACUUUUUAUAAGACGGGGGAAACCAAAGUUGCUCCUGAAUCUGACUCGGAGAUCAACAAACCAAAAUCUCUCAGAAUCUCAAAACAGGACAAAUUUACAAAUUUUGGUGUUACUGACACGUUCCAAAAUUUUGUCGCUAAUAAGUUGGAUGGAAUUUUGGAGAGGACUAUUAAAUUAAAAAGAAACAAAACUACUGAAUGUUUCAUAAAACAGAAACGGAAAAGGAAUAAAAAUUCUGGAAUAAAACUGUUGAGCACGUCUAAAAAAUUUGUAACUACUAAAGAAAUCACAAAAUUGUUUACAAAGCACAAAGAGAAACUCGGAAGGUGUUCACCGAUGGAAGAUGAUGAUACUUUAUUGAAAUUUCAAGAAGCUGCUGUCAGUCCAGAAAGUAUAUUGAAUCCAUCAGAUACGAUAGUUUAUAAUGAUAAAUAUUCAGAACCAGAAUUUAAAUAUAAGAAAUUAAAAGAUGGCGUUUUAAUUGAGGUGUAGCGUUAAGUUUUUUUUAUCUACAAUUACUGUAUAUAUGUAUAUAAAUAUUUUAUAUGCAAAACUAAAAUCAUGUUUACUAUAUUUUUCUUAUUGAAUUGUUUAUGACACCCUAUUAUAUCAAUGAAAAGCAGACUAUAAAAAUGUAUAGUUUUGUAUAGGUUUAUGAUUUAAUUAAUUUCACUAUGAGUAUAAUAUUAAUAAUGGUAUAUAUUUGCCAUCUUGCAGUGGAUUGAAUAUUUUCAAUUACAAUUUUUAAUGUUUUAUUAA